AUGGAGAAAAAGGGAUCCUCAAUUAUAGGCAAAGUCUCUCGCACUUUAAAACGAACGUUAAGUUCUCAGGUCACAAGAGCAGAAGCAGGAGAGCAAUGCGGCAACCUCGAAAAGUUCGUCGAAUCGACGGGUGCAUUUAAUGGAAUCAAGAAAUACCAAUAUGUGGCUAUAUACCCCGUUACCAGCCUAUGUGAUUUCAUUACUAACACAAAACACGACACAUUAUUGAAGGAGCAUGGGCUUUGGAUGUGCAAGACUCGCGAGCCUGGAGAAGAUGACUAUGCCGGUACAUGUGACCUUGAAAUUAUCCAGCAAUUGAGAGAGAAAAGACAGACAUCAUUUAUCUCCCAUAUCUGUCGCGAACCAACGAUUCACGAGCUUUGUUAUAAAUCCAUGCUCAUUGGUGAUUAUGAGUUUGGAGGAAGUCCUCUGGAAGCCUGUCUACUGGUGACGGUGUACAGCUUGAUUCAGCAGCUCUUACAGCUCAAGUUGAGCCCCGAGGAAGACAAAAUAAAAGUAGAUAUCAAGAUGCUCAGCGAAUUGAAGCUGAAAAACUCGCACUGGGUGAGAGCUCUGAGUAUGCUAGAGACGUUACUCACUGGGACACCAAGUCUCAAAUUCUGUGUCCUCUAUUGGUUACCUGCAUUGGAUGAUAGUAAGACCACAAAAAAGAAAAGCGAGGAAUUACUGAAUUUGCUGUACAAGUACAAAAUAUUACACGGCCUACGACUUGUAUUUGUUACUUGGGGUGAAUCACGUCUUCUCAAGAAACAGAAGCUUCAUCAAGUUGAGAUAAAGAUGGAUAUUGAACGGUAUCCGAAUCCCUCGAACUGGAGGAAUGUGAGACCUGAGUAA